AUGGUCAAGGGUGGUCUCAGAGAGUGGAAGUGCAGGGAAAGUGCUCAGGGCUGGUGUUGGGCCAGGGUAGGGAGAGCGGGUGGUGUGUCAGUGGGGACGCGGGCGAGUGCGUGGGCCAGGCCUUGCGGCAGGUCCGGGUGGCGCAGCAGCCGCUGCCCCGCUGCGGUCACUCAGGAGGCGUUUGGCUUGCAGAUGCUCCAGGACUGCCCCAAGGCCCGCCGGGAGGUGGAGCUGCACUGGCGGGCCUCCCAGUGCCCGCACAUUGUACGCAUCGUGGACGUCUAUGAGAACCUGUACGCGGGGAGGAAGUGCCUGCUGAUCGUCAUGGAGUGUUUGGAUGGUGGAGAGCUCUUCAGCCGAAUCCAGGACCGAGGAGACCAGGCGUUCACAGAAAGAGAGGCAUCAGAGAUCAUGAAGAGCAUCGGCGAGGCGAUCCAGUACUUGCACUCAAUCAACAUCGCGCAUCGGGAUGUCAAGCCUGAGAAUCUCUUAUACACCUCCAAAAGGCCCAACGCCAUUCUCAAACUCACUGAUUUUGGCUUUGCCAAGGAAACCACCAGCCACAACUCUCUGACCACUCCUUGUUACACGCCAUACUAUGUGGCUCCAGAAGUGCUGGGCCCAGAGAAGUAUGACAAGUCCUGUGACAUGUGGUCCUUGGGUGUCAUCAUGUACAUCCUGCUGUGUGGGUAUCCCCCCUUCUAUUCCAACCAUGGCCUUGCCAUCUCUCCGGGCAUGAAGAGUCGCAUCCGAAUGGGCCAGUAUGAAUUCCCCAACCCAGAAUGGUCAGAAGUAUCAGAGGAAGUGAAGAUGCUCAUCCGGAACCUGCUGAAGACAGAGCCCACCCAGAGGAUGACCAUCACCGAGUUCAUGAACCACCCCUGGAUCAUGCAAUCAACGAAGGUCCCUCAAACCCCACUGCACACCAGCCGGGUCCUGAAGGAGGACAAGGAGAGGUGGGAGGACGUCAAGGAGGAGAUGACCAGUGCCUUGGCCACGAUGCGGGUCGACUAUGAGCAGAUCAAGAUAAAGAAGAUUGAAGAUGCGUCCAACCCUCUGCUUCUGAAGAGGCGGAAGAAAGCUCGGGCCCUGGAGGCCGCGGCCCUGGCUCACUGAGCCGCUGAGCCCGUCCUGCUCCACUGGAGGACAAGCAAUAACUCUUGACCUGAAUCUAUUUUUUAAAUGAAGAGACACAGAACUGUCCACUCCCGCCUCCCCUCCUCCUCAGCCUCAUGGAGCCCGGACCUCGUCAUAGGCUGAAUUCUGCCUUUGGUUCUGGCCACCCCUGAGAGGGAGAGCCUGGAAGGCUGGGAGGGCGUGGAGAGAAGGAGCAAGAUGCUCUCGAACCUGUGCUCAUUUUGCAGUUUUAUCAAUAAUUUGAGUUAGAAUUUUUAUGAAACUUCUUUUAUCGUUCUUGCCCUCAUUCCUGCUCCUUCCCCCCAAACCCUUUCCUGUCUGGAUACUACAAGGGUUUGGGGUUUGUUAAAGGGUAUUUGUGAUAACUGUUAUAGGGGGCGCCCCUGUGUCGUGCCACCAGCCCUCUAAUUUCCCCACUACAGCCCCAGGUCCCCGCUGGCUGAGGCCUUCCGGGAGCUGCAGGCCGUGGAGGGCUGGGGCCAGGAGGCCACCCACCUCCUCUGCUGAGCCCUCAGACGUCACCAGUGUGCCAGACGGAUAGGAGUGAGUGUGGUUGUGUGUGUGCGUGUGCCCGUGCCCGUGUGCCUGGAUCAGUGCCUGGGCCUGUGCGUUUGAGGGGCCAGGGGCAGGCAGGGCUGCAGAGGGAGAGCCUCUGUCGGGGCUCAGGAACUGUCUCCCUCCUCAGGCCUGCCCUGCCCGCGCUGGCUCUGCCAAAGUGCCUGGGAAGCGUGUCCAGAUUCUGAGCCAGGCCGUCCGUGCCUGCCUCUGUGAGCGGGUCCUGGGAGGUGGAGAGGAGUGACUUAGCACCGGCACAGCGACCAGGAAGACGGGAGCCCCGCCCAGGACCCCACUCCGCGCUGAGUGCUGGUCCUGGUCCUCUGAGGCGCUCAUCUACCACGUCAUUUCUCUGCUUCCCCUUCCUGCCACUAUUAACCCGUUCAUGUUUAUUUUCUUACAUUUUUGCUGUUUCUCAACAGGCCCACUCUCAGCCCGCAUGGGUGAGCCUGGGCAGUCGAUGAGCGACACAGAGCUGCUGCGUUUCGUGUGCCUCCCGGGCUCUGGGGCAUCGGCAGCACCCCCUGGUGGGCAAAGACAGCACCACUCUUGAGGCCCUCCUGCAGAUCUCCAUCGAGCGGCCUAGCGGCUGGGCGGGGGAGGCUUCACACCAAAGAUGUCCCGAUCCUGCCCCCUCCCCAUCAGCCCCUUCCCCCCGACCCCAAACAACUCAGCGUCAAGUGUCCAGGCCAGUGGGGGGCAGGGGGGGAGGGCCCUCCCUCCCCAGUAUUAAUUUGCAGCAGUGUGGGGAGAGAGGUCCUCUGUGCCAUGGUCCCUUGGGGCAGGGGUGACAGUAAUGCUUCAGCUUUCAUCUCCCUCAGGGGCCGGGUUGGGGGGCGCACCCAGGGUCUUCUCUGGGUGUGAGGGAAGGGCUCCGAGUGCCCGCGGCACCUCCCGUCUCUGGUGGCGUGUCCAACACUCAGAUUGUUGUAAACUCUUGUUGUUUUGUAUGAGCAAAAUUGUCUUUA